AUGCCAGACAGGAAAAACACAGAAGCAUCCAAGAACAAUGUCAAGGAGAAAAGACCUCCUUUGACUCAUUUCCUCUGUCUGCCGCUGGUAAAUCCCAUCUCUUUUCCCCAGCUCGAAUCCUCUCUUGCGACAUUCAAAGCAGCGAUUCCCUCUGUGCAACCAACCCAUCAAGAUGGCUCCUCACCCGGGUCUGUUGUCGAACAACCACUCUUUCCAGAUAGCGCAUUGCGUCCCAUCGGCACACUCCAUCUUACAUUGGGAGUCAUGAGUCUUCCGACUAAGGAGCGACUGAAUGAGGCGUUGGAAUUCUUCCAAUCACUCGACCUGGUCGCCAUGAUACGUGAAGCAGAGAAUAUGGCAAGAAAUCCUAAGAAAGGAAAAGGUGCAUCACAUCUGGAGAGCUCAGAAGGAAGCAUCUCUCGUGAAUCUUCUGGAUCGGAUAAUGAUCUGGGCCUGGCCCAUGAUCGUCCCCGACCGUUUUCUAUUUCCCUCGAGUCCUUGCAUGCUUUUCCACGUGCGCGUUCGGCUACAGUUCUUCAUGCUGCACCUGUGGACCCUACAUCUCGAUUAUAUCCUUUCUGUGAGAUGCUGCGAGACAAGUUCCUCGAGGCUGGUUUCAUGCAAGGAGAGUACAAAGAUAAACGACAGGCAGAGGGGGCAAAGGAGUCCCAGCAGGAACAGAGUACCACCAACGGCGAGAAUAAUGGCAGUGAUUCUCAAGAGGCUACACCCCAGGGAAGGAUCAAUGAAGAUGCUGCAUCGUGUCAGGAUGCAAUAGCUGAAGAACGCUCCCUCGGCGAAAUGCCCGUGGGUCUUGCAGAUGAUUCUGCUCGGCGGCAGUUACACAAGUCUAACAAUGCCAAACGAGCAUCCGUUAUCUCCAAACCAAAAGCCAGGCCGCUUACUUUACAUGCCACUGUAGUGAAUACGAUUUACGUUCGUGGGCGACGGCGAAACGUGGGCCUCAAAAAUGGAAAUCGCAAGAAUAACCAGCAUACCUUUGAUGCUCGGGACAUUAUUGCCCAUUACAGGUCAUACAAUAUCGAUAGUCAAAAGACAAUGCCUUGGCCAGAUGCCACUACUAUCGCAGCCCAACCGAAAAAAAGCCAGGACCAGUCACUCGAAAAGAGAAGAGUUCCUCUGGGCGAGCAGUCGGCAGACGAUAACACCCGGAGUCCAUUUGUCUGGGCGAGGGAUUUCCCGCUGGAAACGGUUUGCAUUUGUGAAAUGGGUGCUAAGAAACUUGACCCGGGGGAUGUUGACGAUAACGAUGGAAUGAAUGCUCGCCUGGGAGAGAAAUACAUGGCCGUUGCAGAGCGAAGCUUGGAUUUCGAGCCCUCUAGAGCUUUGCAAGCUUUAGAUAGCUGCGUCAAAACCUGA